UUUGUGCUGCAUCAAAGAAAGCCGCGCGAGCCACAGGCGAUAUCGCACCGAUGGGGGCAGGGGAUCUGCCAGGCACAGCCCUUUCCAAUUGAUGUCGCCGUAGCUCUAGGACCCAGAGCCACCUCUCCCUCUUUUUUUUUCCUCCUCCUCUCCCUUUCUCGUGUGUGAAGGAUCCUCCUGGUUACCGCUGUUAUUAUUUUCCCUUAGCAGGGAGAGCCAUGGCUGAGAGGAAGCAGUCUGGCCGGCAAGGCGAGGAAGAAGAAGUGCCAGCCUUCUUCAAGAACCUGGGCUCGGGCAGCCCCAAACCCCGGCAGAAAUUCUGUGGGAUGUUCUGCCCGGUGGAAGGCUCCCUGGAGAACAAGACCAUCGACUUCGAUUCCCUCUCGGUGGGCCGCGGAUCUAACAAAGUCGUGGCGAAGCAGAAGGACGUUGCCCACCUGGGUCCGGAUGCUCCAUCCGUCUAUUCCAGGCAGAGCGGGAAGGGAGGGGAACCAUCUGUUGAUUUCGGGAGAAAGGUGGAGAUCAGGAGUGCCACUGGGAAGGAGGCGCUGCAGAACCUGAAUGACAAGAGCGAUCGUCUUCUGAUCAAAGGUGGUAAAAUAGUUAAUGACGACCAGUCCUUCUAUGCAGACAUUUACAUGGAAGAUGGGUUGAUAAAGCAAAUAGGAGAGAACCUGAUUGUGCCAGGAGGAGUGAAAACUAUCGAAGCCCACGGCAGGAUGGUGAUUCCUGGAGGGAUCGAUGUUCACACCCGCUUCCAGAUGCCCGAACAGGGGAUGACAUCUGCUGAUGACUUCUUCCAAGGGACCAAGGCGGCACUGGCUGGAGGCACCACCAUGAUCAUUGAUCACGUCGUUCCGGAGCCAGGAACCAGUUUGCUGACUGCGUUUGACCAGUGGCGAGAAUGGGCAGACAGCAAAUCCUGCUGCGAUUACUCUCUGCACGUGGAUAUCACCGAGUGGCAUAAAGGGGUCCAGGAGGAGAUGGAAGCUCUGGUUAAAGAUCAUGGUGUGAACUCCUUCUUGGUUUACAUGGCUUUCAAAGAUCGCUUUCAGCUGACUGAUUCUCAGAUAUACGAGGUCCUGAGUGUAAUCCGGGAUAUCGGCGCGACGGCUCAAGUGCACGCUGAGAACGGUGAUAUCAUUGCUGAGGAGCAGCAAAGGAUCCUGGAGCUGGGGAUUACGGGCCCUGAAGGGCAUGUGUUGAGCAGACCCGAAGAGGUGGAGGCGGAGGCUGUGAACCGGGCCAUAACCAUCGCCAACCAAACCAACUGCCCCCUUUAUAUCACCAAGGUGAUGAGCAAAAGCGCUGCGGACGUCAUUGCUCAAGCCAGGAAAAAGGGCACUGUGGUGUAUGGAGAGCCCAUCACAGCCAGCUUGGGUACCGAUGGAUCUCAUUACUGGAGCAAGAACUGGGCUAAGGCGGCAGCUUUUGUUACUUCCCCACCUCUGAGUCCUGACCCAACCACUCCAGAUUUUCUCAACUCGCUUCUGGCCUGUGGAGAUCUCCAAGUUACCGGCAGUGCGCACUGCACCUUCAACACUGCCCAGAAAGCUGUUGGGAAGGACAACUUCACCCUGAUCCCUGAAGGAACCAAUGGAACUGAAGAGAGGAUGUCUAUCAUCUGGGAUAAGGCUGUGGUGACUGGCAAGAUGGAUGAGAACCAGUUUGUCGCGGUGACCAGCACGAAUGCAGCUAAAAUCUUCAACUUGUACCCACGGAAGGGCCGUAUCGCGGUGGGUUCGGAUGCUGAUCUGGUUAUCUGGGAUCCUGACAGCGUCAAGACAAUCUCUGCCAAGACUCAUAACAUAUCUCUGGAGUACAAUAUCUUCGAAGGCAUGGAGUGCCGUGGUUCUCCCCUGGUGGUGAUCAGCCAGGGGAAGAUCGUGCUGGAGGAUGGGAAUCUCCACGUCACCGAGGGAUCUGGGAGGUAUAUCCCAAGGAAGCCGUUCCCUGACUUUGUCUACAAGCGCAUCAAAGCGAGGAGCAGGCUGGCUGAACUGCGGGGUGUGCCUCGAGGCCUCUACGACGGACCCGUCUGUGAAGUGUCGGUGACACCCAAGACUGUCACACCAGCAUCUUCAGCCAAGACGUCUCCUGCCAAACAGCAGGCCCCGCCUGUCAGGAACCUCCACCAGUCUGGAUUCAGCUUGUCCGGGGCACAGAUCGAUGACAACAUCCCCCGCCGCACGACUCAGCGCAUCGUGGCCCCACCCGGCGGCCGUGCCAACAUCACCAGCUUGGGCUAAGGACCAAGCCCUUCCGUGCCCGCCGAGUGGAGCAGGGGCCGGGGGCACCUGGAGACCCUUUCUGAUUCUUUUAGAGCCUGUGACAGUUACUGCGGGCACCCAGUGAGGGGGGCUGAAGCACGGCGCCUCUUUCAGUCCCCUCAGAUUCCCUCUUCAUCUUCACCAACUCCUCUCACUUCCCCCCUCCCCUCAGCCCCUACACGUUUCACAGAAUGCCAGAAUGGUCAGGGUUGGAAGGGCUCUCUGGAGCUCAUCCAGUCCAACCCCCUGCUGAAGCCGGGUCACCUCACACAGGCUGCACAGGAACACGUCCAGGUGGGUUUGGAUCUCUCCAGAGAAGGAGACUCCACACCCUCCCUGGGCAACCUGUUCCCGUGCUCCGUCACCCUCACAGGAAAGAAGUUUUUUCUCAUGUUCAGGUGGAACUUCCCGUGCUCCAGUUUGUGUCCGUUGCCCCUUGUCCUGUCACUGGGCGCUGUUGAGAAGAGUCUGGCCCCAUCGUCCUGCCCCCCUACCCGUUAGAUAUUGAUAAGCAUUGAUAAGGUCCCCUCUCCGUCUUCUUUUUUCCAGGCUGGACAGACCCAGGUCUCUCAGCCUCUCCUUCUAAGAGAGAUGCUCCAGUCUCCUUCUGAUCUCUGUGGCCUCUGCUGGACUCUCUCCAGUUGUUCCUUGUCUGUCUUGAACUGGGGAGCCCAGAACUGGACUUUAAACUCCGGAUGGGGCGUCCCUAGAGCAGAGCAGAGAACCCUCCUCACCUUGUUGGCCACGCUCUUCUCCAUGCACCCCAGGACACUCUUGGCCACAAGGGCACAUUGCUGGCUCAUGGUCAACCUGUCUACCAGGACUCCCGGUUCCUUCUCCGUAGAGCUGCUUUCCAGCAGGUCAGCCCCUAACCCGUACCAGUGCAGGGAGUUGUUCCUCCCCAGGUGCAGAACCCUCCACUUUAAAGAAAUAAACCCCGUUUUUGACACCUCUGACACGUAAAAAUAAAUGUAAAGAGGAUGUUUGAGAUGUGGCCUCUGUCCCAUUAAGGAUCUUUCUUUUAAUAAAGGAAGGAUAAAGUGAAUUUCCCGGGAGCUGCCUUUAAGACACACACGAAAAAAGGAAUAAAUUAAUAAUAAAUGUAAAAAAAUAGCUUUUUUUUUUUUUUUUUUUUUU